AUGUCGCGCAUGAGUAUGGCGCCGCAGCGCAAUCUGUCGCUGACAGAGGAACUGGAGAAGCUGGAGCAGUCCAUCACUCUCACACUGCAAGAAAUCGACCAAAACUUCAGCCGCGCGCAUCGCAUCGUCACAACCGGGAUUCUGCCGAUCGUCGAACAAUACGGAAAGCAUUCAGAAGCUGUCUGGGAGGGCUCCAAGUUCUGGAAACAGUUCUUCGAGGCGAGCGCCAAUGUCUCACUUUCGGGCUACGAAGCCCCCGAGCAAGACGAAUCAGCUGUACAAGACGAGACUGAACAGUCACAAACGUACGAUGACGAGACGGUCGAGGACGAGGAUACCGUGACUGGCACGACCACAACACCACCACGACCCUUGUCUGCCCACGAAGACGCCGAAUCGACUCUCGCUUUCGACUCACCCUCGCUCGGUCACAGCACACCGCGAGCUCGACCUUCCACCACAGGAGGCAAACACCAUGAGGAUGAAGAAGAAAGCGAAUAUGAGGAGCAGCCUCAGUUCGCUGGCAUGUCUUCGCCUUACGAGGCAUUGAAGUCCGAAUUCAGACCCAACAUUGGCGGCACGAAGACGCCGAAGCUGGAACCCGUCACGCCUGGCAAGUCGCAAGCUCUUCCAGACAUGAGCGGCUUUGAGUCCUCGCCGUUCAUGCAGCCUACAGCCACGAAACAGUCCUACGUCAAUAACGACCCGCUACUUCAUCGCGUUCUCGACAAGACGUACCGCGUACAAGCUACACCACUUAUCAGCCCGAGAAAGUACAAACCAACGGGUGCUUUCACCCCUCGCACCGGCGGCCAGCGCGGAGCACCUACACCACGAAGCGCAGCUACCAAGUUGCUAGACUUCGACUCUUCACCUCCCUCUUCACCAGCCCCACAACUACGCGCCGACAUCUUCUCGCCCAUGAAGACGCCACGAACACCUGGUAUAAGUAUACAGACGCCUGCCAAAGGCAAACAACCCAUGAGCGUCCACCGGACUGGCGGCACAAUCUUCGAUGACAGCGACGAAGAGGACGACGAUGUCGACUUCAGUCCUCCGAAGACGAUACAAUUCCACAUCCCACAAAGCAAGCUGAUGCAGACGCCUGCCCGAGAAGCUAGCAAGCGUAUUGUGGAUGACUUGCUCAUGACAGCUGGCGGCGAUAUUACAGACUCAACGGGUGGUAUGGACGAGGACAGUCCGAGUGUGGUAAGACGGCAAGUGGAUCUUGACGACAGCUUCUAG